AUGACUGGUUAUCUGGUGGUUACCGCAAUUGGUUGGUUCGGAAAUGGCUGCAUUAUUGUAGCCACUAUUGUAAGCAGGAGACUUCACGGCCCAUGCAACGUGCUUAUUGCGGUUGAAGCAUUCUGUGAAAUCUUGCACCAGUCAGCACAUGUAAUCAUGGCUUACUUCAUGUUCACAGAACAAUAUCUCAUACCGGCCGAGCGCUGCUUUCAUUUUCAACUGAUUCCAAGUUUCGGCAUGAAUGUUGGCACUUUCCUGAAUCUUUCAAUUGGCAUUGAUCGGAUAUUUUCAAUAAUAUUCCCUUUUUUGUAA